GAGAGAGAGAGAGAGAGAGAGAGAGAGAGAGAGAGAGAGAGAGAGAGAGAGAGAGAGAGAGAGGAAGAGAGGAAUUCGACAUAUCGACAUCUAUUACACGCAGUUAUGGAACCGGAUAGAGUGGAAGACGAGGAGAAGACAGCGAGGGUAGCCGCGAUUCGCCGAUUGGAGCGUCUGUCAGCGCAUCUGAGGGAUGAAGGUGAGGGAGGGGUAGGAGGCGACGACGAGGUGGGCAGCCAAGCUGAAGCUCGCGGUGAGGAUGGCUAUGGCGGCGCCGGCGAUGGCGACGACUCGGAGAGACGAAUGGGAGUGGGAACCAUUGCUAGAUCGAUUUGCGUUUCUCGUAAGCAGAAGAAGAAGAUUUUGUCAAAUAUUAAGCCCCUUGCUUCUUAUUUGGCGGGAGAUUACAGUCUGGACAGACAGCGCGUCUACGACUUUUUUCGUAAGAAUCCAUCGUUGAUUACCCCCGCAGAGAUUUCCAAGAAAGAUCACAGAGAUCUGGUGCUUAGACAGAUGCUCGGGUUGGUGAAGGAGGCAAACAUUAGGCCCUUGCAGUAUCUGCUCGAAAAUCCCGCCAAGUAUUUUGCGGUGGGAGAAGGCUUCGGCGUCAUCGACCUGUCCUUGGCAAUCAAGAUGGGGGUGCAGUUCAGUUUGUGGGGAGGCAGUGUGGCGAAUUUGGGAACGAAAAAGCACCGCGACAAGUAUUUGGCAGACAUUGACGCUCUUGACCUACCAGGAUGUUUUGCGAUGACAGAGUUGCAUCAUGGUUCGAAUGUCCAAGGUGUGCAGACGACGGCAACCUUCGACAAGCUGACGGACGAGUUUAUAAUUCACACGCCGAACGAUGGGGCGGUGAAGUGGUGGAUAGGCAAUGCGGCACUGCAUGGUAAAAUGGCAACAGUUUUUGCACGGCUGAAGCUUCCGUCCUCCUCGUCGUCGAGCAUGGAGGAAGACAUGGGUGUGCAUGCCUUCAUUGUGCCAUUGCGAUCCAUGACCGAUCAUAGCCUGUUCCCAGGUGUCGAAAUCCGGGACUGUGGCUACAAGGUUGGCCUCAAUGGGAUCGACAAUGGGGCGAUUCGAUUCACCAAGGUGCGUGUACCCCGCGAUAAUAUGCUUGACAGAUUUGGAUCGGUGUCUGCCGAUGGAAAGUACAGCAGCCCUCUUCCAACGGCGUCAAAGCGAUUUGCGGCCACUCUUGGCGAGCUUGUCGGAGGCCGUGUCGCCCUUGCGUCUGGUUCCAAUGGUGUGCUGAAAAUGGCCACGACCAUUGCUGUCCGCUACUCGCUGUUGCGACAACAAUUUGGGCCCCCGAACGAGCCAGAAAUUGCGAUCCUCGAUUACCAAUCGAUGCAGCAGAAGCUCAUGCCGAUGCUGGCAAGCACCUAUGCAUUCCACUUUGCUACCGCUGACCUGAUCAAGCGAUAUGCGGACAUGAAGAAGACAAAGGACGACGCACAGGUCGCCGAUGUUCACGUGUUGUCAGCAGGCUUGAAGGCUUAUGUGACAUCCUAUACCAACCGAGCAAUUAGCAUAUGCCGAGAGGCAUGUGGAGGGCAUGGCUACGCUGCAGUUAACCGUCUUGGGGCUCUCCGCAACGACCAUGACAUCUUUCUCACGUUCGAAGGGGACAACACUGUUCUGCUUCAGCAGUUAAUACUUGUUUCUUGUACAUUGUGCAAUUGAUUGAAUUGAUGAUACUGCCUUCUUGGAUUAUACCCUGUAGCCUGCCAGAUGAAAAUAAAGUUCCAAGCAGAGU